AUGAAAUUAAAAAUUAUAUAUAAUAUAUCAAUAUAUUUUUUUGUAAAUACAAUAUUAUAUAAAAAUGAUAAUUUAGCAUGUGGACAUUACUUAAAUAAUAAUAAAAUCAUUACAAAAGAUAAUGAAGCGGAUAAUGAUAACGAUGAAUUAAUAAUAGAUAACUCAAAAAAGCCCAAUAAUGAAAAUAUACCAGUUAAUAUGAAUUUUCUUCAUGAUCUGGAAAAUGUGAGUAUAUCUAAGGUUUUUAAUUUUGAUGAAAAUUUUCAUCAUGAUAUAUCAGAAGAGGUAGAAAAUACAGCAGACGAAGGUCAAGAAUUUAAAAAAAUGUUAAACUAUAUAUGUAAUAUACCUAAUGAAAUAAUAAAUACAAAAAACAAAGUUAUUGAAUAUAUAGGUGGAAAAUUAAAUAAAAUUAAAUUAUAUGUUUUUCCCUUUAAAAAAAACAAAGACCAAGAAAUAAAGGAAAAUGAUAUAUUAAAUGAAGUAGGGGAGACCGAUAUAGAAAUUAAGCGAACUGAAGAAUUAAUGAAUCCUCCUGAUAUUGAUAUAAAUGAGGAACUACUAUUAAAACGUUAUAAUGAGAUAAAAGGUAAUAAUGAUAAAAAUGAUAAUAUAGAUAAUAAUGAUAAUAUUGACAAUAAUGAUAAUAUAGAUAAUAUUGACAAUAUUGAUAAAAAUGACAAAAAUGGUAUGAUGCCUAAUAUGAUUAAUGAUAAUGUGAGACCAAAUAACGUUUCUCCAAAAAAAAGAAAAAAAAAAAAUAAUAAACAUAGUAAUGAUAAUAACAAUGAAUAUGAAAAUUCAACAGAUUUAAAAAAUACAAAUUUAAUAGAUAGUAAAAAUAAAGAUUUAUUUAUAGGAAAUUCUGAUUUCUUUUGUCAUUUAAAUAAAAAUAAUGAUGAUCCAAUAAAUAUAAAAAAUUUAGUCAUGUGGCCAAUAUCCAAUAGGACAAUGAAUAAUCAAAAUGAACUUACACAUUUGGAAGAAGAAGAAGAUGAAGGAUAUUCUACUACUAAAUUUUUAAGAGCACAUGAUGUACUUUUAAGUGUUGAUGAUCAUUUUCCUGUAGAAGAUUUAAAUAACCUGAAAAGAUUUUUAUUAUACUUUAAAGAAAUAUCACGAAGAUUAACAAUUACUAAAAAGAAUUAUAAAAAUAUUUAUGAUGUAAGCAAACAUCUUAAAGCUUUUAAAUAUGUAGAAAAUAUACGUUUUACUUGUGUUACAAAUACAUAUGCAGAAUGUUUAUUAAAUUUUAUUUAUGCUCUUGAUUAUAUUAAAUAUAAUGUACCAUUAUAUUAUAAUAAAUCUUAUUAUAUUUUAAGAAAAAUAUCAUUAGAAAUUAUGAAAGAAAUUGAAAAACUUACUAUGCUACUAGUAAGAUUAAAACACGAAAAAUUAUAUACCAAAUGUAAUAUGUAUUAUAAGCAAUAUAUAGAAUUAGAAUCUAAUGUAAAAAAUAUGAUUCUAGAAAAGGUUAAUGAAUUUCAAAGUAUUCUAAUACGUGAAUACUUGAGUUUUCAAAAAAAACUCAAAUAA